UUCUAGAACAGAUCAUCGCGGAAGAAAGGUACAAUAGUGACUGUUCGCGCAAUUUGGUUACGAGCCCUUGAUCAUCACUAUCGGAUUACUUAUCGAUGUCAGUAGACACGUUUUAACAAUCAAUUAACGAUCAUUGCUUCUCGAAUGCACCAAUAUUGGAUCCCUGGCUGUACCUUACUCAAUGGAUCAAGAAGAAUGACAGUCAUGUUAAUGCAAACACUCUUAAAGGCUUAGUUUACUCAGCUGCUACAAGUUCGUUCGUUUGUGAAGAGAAAAUAACCCUUCAAUCUUGAAUUGAUUUUAAAUGGSUGCAAUCAUCCUCCACAAGUUUACUCUGUUCGUUUUUGUCAUUUUACUACGUAAUUUCCUGGCAGAUGAAGAUGUACUAGUGAGCUAUGUGAACAAGGAUGCAUCGUGGCAGUGGGUCACCAUGUACAGACUUGGAUCUGGAAGUGGGUGGCAAAGGGAUUCGUCUUCAGGAAGCUACACAACAUGUGACCUGAUUUCCACCAAGAUAAAUAGUACAAACAGUUGGCUGGUGUCCGAUUUCAUCACAUUGAACAAUGCUAAAACUGUGACACUAUCCUUAACAUUUACAGCAAGGAAAUGYGAUCUCGGUAAUUUUCCAUUUUGUAAACAAUCCAUUGGUAUCUAUAGCAAUGAAAACGACGUCAGCAAAGUAGGUGGUGUUGGCAUGGAAACAAUUCUGGCUGGCAAUUUCACUUUUGUUGGCAACAUGACCGCUGAGAAUGUAUGGUCAUCGGGAGAAUCACCUCAAGACAACCUGAUGAAUAUAACUUUUGGUGUUAAAAGCAAAGGAGUUUAUGUUGCGUUCAGAGACACUGGAGCAUGCGUAGCUGUAACCGCUGUCAGAAUGACUUCUUUGUACUGUCCAAACAUGGUAUCAGGUGGUGCAGUGUUCAAUAGGACGGGAGUGACUUUACCUGGACACGUCAAUAAGGUCAAAGGAGAAUGCCUUGCAAUGUCUGAAAACCUGGCCAAUGCAACCAAAUUGUUUCUUCGUUGUCUCMGCAAUGGAUCAUGGAGUAAUGAUCUCCAAGUGGCAUGUCAAUGUAAAUCUGGUUAUCAACCUGGUCAGAGCACUUGCCAAGGCUGUCCACCAGGUUUAUACAAACCAUCAACUGGAAAUACCAUGUGCAUACCCUGUCCAGAAAACACCCACACUAGCGUGGCAAGGAACGAGUGUAUUUGCAACCAAGGUUUUUACCGGUCAGCAAUGGAUGAACAAGAUGGAAAAUGUACAGGACCACCUUCGGGUGCACGUGACCUUACAUCCAUGCUGAUUGGUCAGGAUGUGAUACUACUAUCAUGGAAAAGACCGCUGCAUGAUGGCGGGCGCAACGAUGUUAUUUAUUCUAUAUCAUGCUUCCGCUGUAACCAUAGCAACAUACACAUCAAUGUGUCCUGUAGCUUCCUUUGUGGUAGUUCGAUAAAAUACAAUCCUUCCUCCAAUGGGCUGUCUUUGACGCACGUGAUCAUAAGUGGCUUGGUUCCAGGCUCUUUGUAUUCUUUCAAGGUGUUGUCUAAAAAUGGCGUGAGUGAUCUGGUUAGGAACACCUCUUUCGAUUUACCAGAGGUUCGAACAGUCAUCCCAUUGCCAGAUCCUCCAAAAAUAUUGACAUCUUUCUUAGGAGAAGAUGCGGCAGUCCUUUCGUUAUCAGAAGUCAAACAACUCUCUAGUUUUGCUUAUUCUCUCUCAUGUCAUAUAUGUGAAGCUYCCGAUUGCGUUGCAUGUCAAACAUCUUGUGGAAACACCAUCAAGUACAGCCCAGAAAAAAAUUUUACAUAUAAAACAUAUACAGUUGUUUCCAGUUUGACACAUCACACUCACUAUCAGUUUACACUAGAAGUGACAGAACGCGAGAGUGGUAAACUAAAAAGAGUUUCAGCAACUUGCCUUUCCACCAAACGAAAAAGUACAGCAAGCCCAACAACAAAAGCAUCCACCAGAAAAGAAGACAUGAUCACACUGUACUCCAAGGUUGCAUUUGGAUUAAAAGAAGACAUGAUCACACUGUACUCCAAGGUUGCAUUUGGAUUGUCUGYGGGUUUCUUGGUUUGUUCAAUCAUACUGCUGGUUGUGUCGGUGUGCUUGAGAAGGAAAUGGUUUAAUAGUGCACUGUCAAUGACAGCUGUGGAAGGGAGAACUAAUACAAUUUGUAAUGGUGAAAGAYUGCAAAACAACAUCAAAACACAAGARAACAUCCUCUACAUGGAAGAAAGAGUGUUGAACAACAACAAAUGA